AUGUUAUUUGAGCGGGGGCCGAGGGCCUCGGCGAUCGCAGAGCAGAGGAUGCAGAAAGCCGCCUACUACGACAACGCGGGGCUCUUCGGGGGCUACACCUACAGCAAGGCCGACGCCUACCCCUACGGCGCGGCCCAUCAGCCCUACGGCCAGGCCGGCUUGGACGGCGAGUACCCCGGCUCCGCCUGCUCCGUCCAGGGCUCGGCGCCCGGCCGCGCUCCGGCCCACAAGGGCAGCGAGCUGAGCGGGAGCUGCAUGCGGCCGGGCGGGGGCGGCCCCGGGGGCAGUCAGCCGCCGGGGAUCGGCGAGCAUCAGCCCCCGGCCCUGCCGCCCUCCUCCCCGCCCAACCCCCCUCCCAGUGUACCCCCUCCGAAAAAAGCCAAGGGGGGCCCCAACUCCUCGGGUUCGGCCAGCGCCACCCUCAGCAAGCAGAUAUUUCCUUGGAUGAAAGAGUCCCGGCAGAACUCCAAGCAGAAAAGCACCUGCGCCCCCCCAGGAGAGAGCUGCGAGGACAAGAGCCCCCCCGGGCCGGCCUCCAAGAGGGUGCGCACAGCUUACACCAGCGCGCAGCUGGUGGAGCUGGAGAAGGAGUUUCACUUCAACCGCUACCUGUGCCGGCCGCGCCGCGUGGAGAUGGCCAACCUACUCAACCUGACCGAGCGGCAGAUCAAGAUCUGGUUCCAGAACCGCCGGAUGAAGUACAAGAAGGACCAAAAAGCCAAAGGCAUCAUGCACUCCCCCGUCGGACAGUCCCCGGACCGCAGCCCCCCUCUAAGCGGCCCAAACCACGUCGGCUAUUCCAGCCAGCUCCCCGGCGUCAACAGCCUCAGCUACGACGCGCCCUCGCCCACCUCCUUCGCCAAGUCGCAGCAGAGCAUGUACGGGCUGGCCGCCUACACGGCGCCGCUGAGCAGCUGCCUGCCGCAGCAGAAGCGCUACGCGGGCGCGGAGUACGACCCCCACCCCAUGCAGAGCGGCGGCGGCGGCGGCUUCGCCAACCCCAGCCUGCAGGGCAGCCCCGUCUACGUGGGGGGCAACUUCGUGGACUCGAUGCAGGCCUCAGGCCCCAUGUUCAACCUGGGGCACCUGCAGCACCCCUCCUCCGCCAGCGUGGACUACAGCUGCGCCGCCCAGAUCCCCGGCGGCCACCACCACGGACCUUGCGACCCCCACCCUACCUACACGGACCUUUCCUCUCACCACACCUCUCAGGGACGGAUGCAGGAGGCGCCCAAGCUCACGCAUCUGUAG